AGAUUUAUUUGGGAGAUGACGAUGCAUUGAAACUCAAGUGAGGUUGCAUCCACUGCGCUUUUGGAGCAAUUGGUAUCUCUUUCUUGAUUAUUGUUUUGGAAGAUGCUCUUGUUCCUUAUGUCGUUCUUCCCCUUCGUCCUUUUCCUCUCCAAAACUUUCCCCCUGCCGCCAUGGCGUGAACUGCUGUCUCGAUUCCUGCCUCUUUUCAACAAGUGUGAGUUAGUUAGCACUCGAAAAAUUACAUCUUUGCCGAUGAUUCCCGGGAAUAAAUGCACCGUCCAUGGGGUGGAGAACGUCGAGGAGCCGUCUGCUACAUCGCUGCUGGACUUGCCGGAGUUGGUGCUGGAGAUGGUGCUGGAGAAGCUUCCGCCGUCCGGGUUGUCCAUGAUGGCCGCCGUUUGCCGCUCGCUAAGGAGGAGGUGCAGGAAUGACCACUUGUGGGAGAGGCACAUGCGGGAGAAAUGGGGGAGGGUGAUGGCUCCGGCUGUGACCGGGGAGUGGAAGAACCACUUGGCUUUCGACGGCGAGCAUCGGGAUGGAUGGUUGCUCUCUUGCAUCCGUCCAAUAUCCUGGCUCAAGACAAGGAUUGGGAAUGGUAACGAUCUCAAGAACUCUCUGCUUCCUGACUCUGUCAUGGCUCGGUAUCAGUCCUUGGAGAGUGGUCUGUUGUGGUUCCCAGCUCAGGUUUACAACCGCGAGCAUCAGCAUGUGGGCUUCUUGUUAUCAUGCUACGAUGCUCAAGUUAGAUAUGAUUGCCGGACUGAUACUUUUCUUGCAAGGUAUCCUCCUCAUGGUCGAAGAGCCCUAGUAACAGAGGAAGGAGUGGAAUGGAAGAGGCUGAGGGCGCCACCCGUGAAUACUUGCGCUUGUGAUCUUCACAUCUCGGAUUGCCUCAGCGAGUUGUGUCCUGGUGAUCAUAUCGAAAUUCAAUGGAGAAAGAACAAGGAGUUUCCUUAUGGCUGGUGGUAUGGAGUUAUUGGUCACUUGGAAUCUUGUGAUGGAAAUGAGCAUUUUUGCCAUUGUCAGAUGAGCAAUAGUAUUGUCCUUGAAUUCAACCAAUACACAGCUGGUUCGAGGUGGCGACGGGCGUCCAUUGAUCGAAAGAGUCACAGGGAAGAAGGCAAUGAAACAGAUGGAUUUUAUGGAGGGAUCAGGAAAUUGCAAAGCCAGGAUGAAAUCUUCAAGUGGAGAGAGCUUUGGCCAACAGAUGCUUUGGAGUAGAACUAUCCUUGCUCAAUUGCAUACGCUCGGUUGUAUCUUGAGAUGCCUAAACACUAUUGUAGCUUUUCUAUUUUGGCUGUUGGUAUUCCAUACAGAUAAUUCUUGUAGUGGGAAGAAAUUAAAUGUGAAUAAAGCAGCUUUGCCAA